AUGGCUGUACCUAUCCGCAACUACAGAAUCGCCGCGAUUCCAGGUGAUGGCAUUGGUAUGGAGGUUGUUGAUGCUGCUCUUAGGGUGGUGCAGGCAGCUGCAGAGGUUUCUGGGAAGUACCGGAUUGAGAUCACGAACUUUCCUUGGGGAACCGCAUAUUACAAGAAGACCGGCGCAUUCCUCCCCACCGACUUCCAAAACACACUAAAGCAGUACGAUGCUGUGUUAUUUGGUGCCGUAGGGUACCCAGACGUCCCUGACCAUCUAUCCCUCUGGGGUCUCCUGCUAAAAAUGCGCGGCCCAAUGCAACUCUACGCCAAUGUCCGCCCCAUCAAGUGUCUUACAAAACCCCGGCUUGCCGAUGUCUCACCUUCCGAUCUUGACUGGCUUCUUAUCCGUGAGAACAGUGAGGGAGAGUACGCCGGCCAUGGAGGGCGGUCACACAUGGGCGAAGGCUGGGAAGUGGCCACAGAAACAAGCAUUUUUACCCGCCACGGAAUCACCCGAAUCAUGCGUUUCGCAUUUCAAGCAGCCCGGGAGAGGCCGCGGAAACAUCUCACCGUCGUCACGAAGUCGAAUGCUCAACGUCAUGGGCUUGUCCUUUGGGAUAAAAUCGCCGCUGAAGUGGCCGCUGACUUUCCAGAUGUCACCUGGGAUAAAGAGCUUGUGGAUGCUAUGACAAUGCGAAUGGUGACGAAACCGCAGAGCAUUGACACAAUAGUAGGCACGAACCUCCACAUUGAUAUUCUCUCCGAUCUGGCCGCCUCGCUAGCGGGUUCGAUUGGCAUCGCUGCGUCGGCAAACUUGGACCCCACACGGAAGAAUCCUUCUAUAUUCGAGCCUAUGCAUAGGAGUGCUUUUGAUAUAAUGGGAAAGGGAAUUGCAAACCCUAUCGGGGCUGUCUGGGCGGCCGCAGAUAUGCUGUCGUGGAUAGGGGAAAAGGAUUCCGGGGCCGCGGUGAUGGCAGCCGUGGAGAGGGUGUGCAAGGCUGGUAAGGUUACUAGAGACAUGGGAGGGUCGCUAAACACUAAGGAAGGAGGCGAAGCAAUUUGUAGGGAACUCUUGGAAAAGAAAUGA